AUGGCCUUCACUUUCGCUGCUUUCUGCUACAUGCUGUCCCUGGUGCUCUGUGCUGCGCUCAUCUUCUUCGCUAUCUGGCACAUCAUCGCCUUUGACGAGUUAAGAACGGAUUUUAAGAGUCCCAUAGACCAGUGUAACCCUGUCCAUGCGAGGGAGCGGCUGAGAAACAUCGAGCGCAUCUGCUUCCUUCUGAGAAAGCUGGUGCUGCCAGAGUACUCUAUCCACAGCCUUUUCUGCAUCAUGUUCCUGUGUGCUCAGGAGUGGCUCACCCUGGGGCUGAAUGUGCCGCUGCUUUUCUAUCACUUCUGGAGGUACUUCCACUGUCCAGCAGAUAGCUCAGAACUAGCCUACGACCCACCAGUUGUCAUGAACGCGGACACCUUGAGCUACUGUCAGAAGGAGGCCUGGUGUAAGCUGGCCUUCUACCUCCUGUCCUUCUUCUAUUAUCUCUACUGCAUGAUCUACACCUUAGUGAGCUCCUAACUCAGACUCUGCUGAUGGAGAGGCCGAGGCUGGGGAACCACUGUGGCUGUGGCUAGAGAAGGACCAGACGGGGAUGAUGGAGACACCCAGCUUGGCAGAGACUGAAUGGAAGGAACUGGAGUCACACAGCAGCAGGGCCGUGUCACCCAUGUGUGUCUGUUGUUGCUGUGUAUAUCGCUGUCUUUGCCGUCCACAUCUCACAUGGAUGCAGAGCCCUUCUGUGUGAGGGGUGCCAGCUUAUAGCUGAUGCAACACUCAGCCUUUGGAGAUGCAGUUGUUGCUUCCUUCAUCCACUUUGCUGAACAGCAGUACCUUGCAAGUUCACAUGGAGUGCCUGCCUUGAUGGUGGGAAUGAGGCUGGAAGCUGGAAGGUACCAACCAAGGGACAGAGUGACUCAGGGCCAAGGCUGGGUCUUCAGAGAUGAUUGAGAUCCUCACGGACACCACGGGCUGCCCAAGACUCAUGUUAGCUUUUUUCCAGACCUCUGGCCUCAUGCUUUGUUCAGUGCAAGGCCAAAGCUUCAGGGUCUGCCCUGAGCCUGCUGUCAUGUCAUUUUUAGGCUCUGUUUGUGUCCAAGAGCCUGAGCAGUGACUUCCUGAGCUGGGUGUGGGGCAACGUGUUGGCAGCAAGUUGUGCCCAACGUGAACUGGGGAGGGGAGUGUGAGAAAAUGGAUUUUUAAAAUGUUUGCAACAUGUCCCAGGUGUGAGUUCUUCACCAUCCCAAGAUGUAUUUUGUCACUGCACCAAAAAUCUGUCAGAGUCUUGACAUGCCAAUAAACUGGCUGGCAUGAGCCAAAACCUAAAAAACAAACCCUCAAAACAGUUUGAAGCCCAGAAACAGAGAGCUGCACUGUGUGUGGGUAUGGACAGCCAGGA